AUGGAUGAACUUCGCCUCCGGGCAGACCAGUUCUACAUAUCUCGAACAUCAGCCGGCCAGAGGUUCCCAGCUGUUGCGAUUGAGUACAAAGCACCCCAUAAGCUGAGUCGCGAUGAGAUCAUUACGGGACUAGUCGGAGAAAUCCAACCCGACCUAACGCAACUCUUCUCGUGUAUGGUUGGCAAGGGCACGCAAUAUGGCUAUGUCUGUACAGGGGAGACGUACAUCUUCUUGUACAUACCAAGCGAUCCUUCCUGCGUCUACUAUUCUGUUUGCAUACCGAGUCUAGAUGUCGAAGACGAUGACGAGAAUCGACUCCAUCGGACGGCUGUGGCGCAAGUCUACGCCUUUGUACUUCAAGCUAUUCGGUUACCACUACCAUCCCAGGCGUGGUACGACGCCGCCGAUAGCUUUGGUGCAUGGGCUGUAGAGUACGAUGACUUGCUUAGAAGCAUCCUUACGACGCUCCGCAAAGCAAAGCGCAACACACCAUACAGAGCACAACGAUGGAAAGGCUUCACACGCUCGCCGAUCCGAACGCGUUCGCGAUGCCUGCCUCUCGAAAAUAAAAAGGUUCUAUCCAGCGACGACGAUAACGAAGAUGACGACAGCCCUUCCCCAACACCGAAUCCGACCGGUCGUCCAUUAGGCGAAUCGAGAGGCACGAGCUCGAGCGAAGCGCAGUCGCAGGGAGGCCCGUCACACACACAAGAACAUGCGGACAAACGACAAAAUAUACGGGAUCGACCAUAUUGCACCCACGAAUGUCUGCGUGGAAUUGCCUUUGGCGACCCUUUAGAUGAGAAGUGCCCGAAUAUCGCCAUUCAUGGCAAGGCACAUAUCGACCGACAGAGCUUUGUUGUCCUCUUGCGCGAUCAACUGACAGUUGACCGUGGGAAUGAUGCCGAUUGUACACCGCUUGGCAUCUCUGGAUCGCGAGGGUCCCUCUUCAAGCUGUGCUUGUCAUCACGCGGCUACACGCUCGUGGCUAAAGGCGUGGAGACAAUGGAUGCAAGACGUCUACGACACGAAAACAAGAUGUAUGAUCAUGUUCGGCCACUUCAAGGCACCUUCGUGCCGGUUUGUUUAGGUAUGAUUGACCUAGUGAAGCCGUACUACUUCGACAGUGGCGUAUAUGCGCAUUGUUUGUUAAUGAGUUAUGGCGGUCGACCCGUUUUGCGAGAGAUGAACGAAGUUAAGGCGAAUGUUAUGGAUCAAAUCAUGAUGGCGCUCAGUCGGCUUCACCAGUACCGAGUCCUACAUUGUGAUGCAGAACCACGCAAUAUCCUGUAUGACCGGUCCAGUGGACGAUGUAUUUUGGUAGACUUGAUGCUGGCGGAGAUUCAUACACACCAACCUCUUAGGUCCAUCAAUUGUAACAGCCAAAGUCGGAAAAGGAAGUGGGCAAGGGAAAAGUGCAAUCCAGAUCCUUUCUUGGUCGAAGUGCAGUCCCUACAGGCGAGUUUAGUAUAA